AUGAAGGUAAAAGCGAUGAAGCAGCCCGCAGCGCCCCGGACCCCCGGGAAGGCCUUCUUCCAACGGGGACGCCCGCCCUUCCCGUCCCUGCUGGCCACGCGGAACGGGCGGCGGGCCAGGCCGCGGCCCCGCUCCCACAAGCCGAGGCGCGACUCCCGCCGUCGCCUGCGACCCCCUGCCCCAGCCCCACCCGCGCUCGCCCAGUGCCGCCCGACCCUGCCCGCGGAAGCCCUCACCACAGCGGCUGCCGCGCCGGUUCCGCACCACGUGCCCGGUCACGCCCCUGGCGCGGGCCCGCCUCCGCCGCCCCGCCCACCAAUCCCCGGCCUCGCUCGGAGGGCUGGCUGGGCGUCGGGCCUCGCCCCGCCCCACGUCGCCCCGCCCCGCCCCUUUCACCAAUCACCGGGCUUCUUGGAGAGCCGGCGACUCCCCGCCCCGCCCUGUCCCGCAGAGUCCGGCGGAGGGCAGGUUUCCCAGGCCGGAACCCCAGGCCGGAACCCCAGCCUGCCCCACCCCACCACCCCAGCCCGCUUCUUCCUUCUCAACCGGUUCCGCCGGGCGGGGUUCCGGUCCGUGGACCGUGAGGUCCUGAGGUCCCAGGAGAGGGUCCACGCCCCACCCUCGGGCCUCUCCGGCUGGUCCGGGGCGGUGCUACCUGCCGCGGCCCGACCUGGGUCGCUGGGCCGCCCCAACCCCCUUUCCGAGGGAGCAGGAUUUAAACCCUGCGGUCCCGGGAGAGGGCGCGCAGGCUGUGGCCCGCGGACACUCCACCCCACCCCACCCCACCCCACCCGCAAGACGGGCCGGGCGCUGGCAGCCUGGCGGCCGGGCCUCCCCCACCCCUCGCGCGGCCUCUCCCCCGCGCCCCCUCCCCCGCCGGGCCCGGCCGAGCCGCAGAGCCGCCCCGGGAGCGCCGGGAGCGGGCGGCGGGUCAUGGCGCGGAGCCCGCCCGGGCGGUGCGGGCGGUGCGGGCGGCGCGGGCGGUGCGGGCGGGGCGCGCUGCUGGUCUGCGCGGCGUGGACCGCGGGCUGGGUGCUGGCGGCCGCACUGCUGCUCCGCGCGCACCCGGGCGUCCUCUCCGAGCGCUGCACGGAUGAGAAGAGCCGGCGCAUCCUGGCCGCGCUGUGCCGGGACUACGAGGGCGGGGCUCUGGUGGGAGACCUCUGUGAGGACCUGUGCGUGGCGGGGAAGCUGCUGUACCGGCGCUGCCUGUACUACGAGAGCGGCAAGAAGGUGCUGCAGGCCGACUGGCGCGGCCGGCCCGUCAUCCUCAAGUCCAAGGAGGAGGCCUUCUCCAGCUUCCCGCCUCUCGGCCUGCUGGAGGACACGGCCGAUGAGGGCGCCCAGGACUUCCCGGAGGCUGAGCUGCUGCUGCUGGUGGCCGGCGAGGUCAAGAACGCCCUAGGCCUGGAGCUGCCCGGCGGCAGCCUGGGGCCCCUGUGGCCAGGCGGGCGCGGUCCGCGGUGGCGGGGCCAGCUGGCCAGCCUGUGGUCCCUGCUGCAGCAGGAGGAGUUCGUCCUCUUCAGCCUGCUGCAGGACCUGAGCCGGCACGCCCUGCCCGUGCUGGGCUCCUGCGGCCACUUCUACGCCGUGGAGUACCUGGCCGCCGGCAGCCCCCGCCACCGGGCCCUCUUCCCCCUUGAUGGCGCGGCGGGGGGUGCCCGGGGCGGCCGGGGCCAGGCCAAGGCCGUCAGCGACAUGGCCCUCAGCUUCCUGGACAUGGUGAGCCAUUUUGAGGACGACUUCUCUCACCGUCUCCACCUGUGCGACGUCAAGCCUGAAAACUUUGCCAUCAGGAGCGACUACACGGUGGUGGCCAUCGACGUGGACAUGGCCUUUUUUGAACCUAAAAUGCGGGAAAUUCUCGAGCAGAACUGCACAGGAGACGAAGACUGCAAUUUCUUCGACUGUUUUUCCAAGUGUGAUUUGCGCGUCAGCAAGUGUGGAGCAGAAAGAGUGAAUAGCAACCUGCAGGUCAUCUGUGACAAGAUCUUCCGCCACUGGUUCUCCUCGAGUCUCAGCAGCUCGGCCCUGUCCUUCCCGCUGCAGCGGCAGCUGCGGGAGGCGGUGCAGGAAUGCGCGGACCCCCGGAGCACCACGCGCAGCCCCUCGAGAGCAGCCCCCGACGUGUUCCGGAAGCUUCGGCACCUCCUCCGAGCCACGCAGAGGGAACUGCAGGUCGCAGGGGAGUAGCGGCGGCGGUAGCCUUGGGCGGGUUCCCUCCAGCAGGUUGUUGGAAAGAGGAAACUUCCUCUAGGCCAGCGCCGGGCCCGGCAGGUGCGCCCCUGCUGGUCUGCGGACUCCCUGCCGGCCGCCGCGAGGGCGCCUCUUCCCUCCCAGCCUGGCCUUGUUCUGUCUUGCGGGGCUACUACCUGCCUCGGGCUGUCACCCCUUUAAAGAUGACACAAGGGAGGCGGGCACAGAGCGGUUCCCGUUUGGAGCCUCUCCGUCAGGGAGCAGCGCGGACCAGAGGGGCCAUUACUGUGCAGAAGGUGCUGGUGCUCGCCGUGAGACCGGGAGCUCCAGCUCGCCUCCCUGCCCACAUCACCGCCUUCCAAAACGUGCACGUGUGUGUGCCCACGAGCCAGUGUAGGUGUUGGCACAGGUGCACUCGCAUGAGUGUGUGUGCGUGAGCGUGCACGUGAGUGUGAGUUGUCCCGGCGUGUGCUUGCCGUGUGAGUGUGAGCAGGGGAGUGUGCAAGGCUCUGGGGUAGGGGAAGGGGGUUUCCCAGCGUGCCUUCUGGGACAACCGGCCGAGCUGGAAUUUGGAAUCUGGAAUUACAUACAAUAAAAAC